AAACCCACGCCGCUGCAUAAACCCUUCGAGGCAGACCAAAUGGCUCUUUAUCCUGGAACUGUUAUUCGUCGAUAUCCUCUGAUCUACCGCUUCGCUGGUGUCUCUCCAGGACCCAGUUCCCCAUUGUAUAAUCCGAAUGGAGUCCUUGCAAGCUCAAUUCCGAAAUUUGGUUUUAGGGCCUCUUCUUCCUUUCAGUCCCUCGCUCAUUCUUCAAGUUCCAGUCAUGGUACUGGGUUUAAGAAUUUGGGUUGGUCAGAAAUGAAAUUUGGACACACGAUUUUUGAUUAUUUUCGGGUUUCAGCUUCUUCAGAUAGAGGUGUUAGUGGAAUAGGCGGCGGUUUUGGUGGUUCCGGUGACGGAAAUUCAGGUGGAAGAGGUGAAGGUGCCGGUGAUGGUGAAGGUGGUGGGAGUAAGUGGUCCUUGCUAUCUUGGUAUUUGUCUGUUCUAGAGAAGUAUCCAGUGUUGACAAAAGCUAUCACAUCUGCAAUUUUGACUUUUGUUGGGGAUUUAAUCUGCCAGUUAUUGAUUGACCAAGUAUCAACACUGGACUGUAAACGAACAUUUCUAUUCACAUUUUUAGGAUUUGCAUUGGUGGGCCCAACAUUGCAUUUCUGGUACCUGUACUUGAGUAAAUUGGUGACUCUCCAAGGAGCAUCAGGUGCUUUAUUACGCCUUCUCCUUGAUCAGUUCAUUUUCUCUCCUAUUUUCAUUGGGGUUUUCUUAUCUACUCUGGUUACUCUAGAGGGGAGGCCAUCACAAGUAGUGCCAAAGCUUCAACAGGAGUGGUUUUCUGCAGUAUUGGCAAAUUGGCAACUUUGGAUACCUUUCCAGUUUCUCAACUUUCGAUUUGUUCCACAGCAGUUCCAGGUUCUCGCUGCUAAUGUUGUUGCUUUGGCAUGGAAUGUAAUCCUCUCAUUUAAAGCUCACAAAGAAGUUAUCACCAAAUAGUGUUUCGAAGUGGCUAUUUGAAGAUAUUCAGAUAGGAACUAGCAACAACUGGAGAACCACAUGGACGUGUUUCACAGGCUGCAAACUCUGCAACAUGUGAAAAGUUUCAGAAACAGAUUCCAAGUCUGUUUUGUUUAGACAACAAACCUCUGUCUCUCUCUUUCUCUCUCUCUCUCUCUCUCUCUCUCUCUCUCUCUCUCCAUGUGUGUUUCUGUGUCUCGAUCCCCACGUACACAUGCAUGCAUAGAAGGGAUAAGUUCAACUUUAUGAAGCUUGGCUGGGCCUUGUGAGAUCCGAUGUGCGGGCCUAAGUUGAUAAAUUCAGUCUAGGUUUGCCAAUUAAUAUCAUAAUGUGCACUAAACUAGAAUUUUGGGAAUUCUCAGUAUUGAAUGUGAAUUAAAUUAGAAUUUUAGAUAUGAAAUUUCUAUAAUGUUGGAUUA